ACUAUUAAACCAAGCCAUGGACUGAGCUAAACCAAAACACCGAGAAAAGAAGAUAGACGGAUCCUCCCGGUGAACGAACAUGUCGCCAAGAGAGUGGAUCCACGACGGAGACUACACCCCGGCUAUGUGAUGCGCAAGUUCGCCGUUUGCGUCGACAGUGGCCUUCCCAAGCGGGCACAUCAUGAUAUAAAGAAUACAAACCCUCAUGAGGUUAGGGUUGAGGUCGUGGAAGAGGUGCAUGCAUCAGAGCCCUCUACUCCUGCUCUUCCUCUUGCUACGCCUGCUCCUCCUACUGCUCCUUACCAUGUUGCUACGGGAGCAAGAGCAGAAGAAGUACCAUCGGCGGCCGAGGAGGAGCAGGAGGAAGAUGAGGACUGGGAGGAUGAUGGCGACGAUGAGGAAUUUGAUUUCGAGGAAGAAGGAGACCUUCUAAACCUAUGAUCUAGGUUUGCGGAACUUCUAGGGUCCUUUAAAACUAGCCUUCAUGUGUUUCUUAAAAUAUACCCUUUUCAAGGUAUUCAAGGGGCAACGAAUCUGAUCAUGGAGGAUCGAGAAUAAUGAGAACUAAAAGUGUUGUCAAUUUCCUUAUGCAUGUCCUUUCCAUGGUAUUUAAUUACCUCUUUACAUCAAUCUAUUGCUUAAUUCAAACUACGGGAGGAAGGUCCGUGCCGUCUUGGUCU